AUGGGAGGGAAGGCGAAGUCCAAGUCCGGUGGUUCGUUCUGGAGCAACCUGUUCAGAGGCGGCCGCCGGUCAUCCUCGUACGGUGACUACGGCGCGGCGGAGGAGUACGGAGGCGGCGGCGGGAGGAGGGUGUGGGCCAGCGACGAGGACAAGGCAGGGAAAUGGGUGGCGGACCCUCGCAUCGACACCAAGGCUUCUGCCUUCAUCGCACACUUCCACGCUUCCCGGAUCUCCGAAUCCGAACACAUGAUCUUCCUCCGCCACUCCGCCGCCAACCCUCCUCCUCCCUCCUAA